CUGGAGGUGGGGUGACGGGUCCUACAAGUUUAUAUACAACAUUGGCCGAAAAAAUUGCUCAAAAUUUUGGUUGUUACACGGUUCGAAUGGAUUUUAGAAUACCUGCCAUGAUGGAUCCAUGCGUUCAUGAUGUUACAGCUACAAUCAAUUGGUUAGAAAAUAAUUAUGGAGUUAAAGAUAAUAUAUUAAUUGGAUGGAGUUUUGGUGGAGCGGUAGUAAUUCGAGCAGCGGUUAAUGAGAAAAGGGUUUUGGGUUUAGUUACAAUUGCUUCUCAGACUGCGGGAGCCCUUAAAGAAGUAAGUCGCUUAACCCAGCCUAUAUUAUUCAUACAUGGUACAAAGGAUACUACUCUAAAUUCGUAUUGUUCCGAAAGUCUUUAUGCCCAUGCUACGGUUCCAGAAGAUCGUAAAGAACUUUUACUUUUACAAGGCGAUGAUCAUUGUCUAAGUAAUGGA